GCUGGGCAGAGUGCAGCCGCGAUUUGUGACGCUUUCACUCUUGGUCAGUCGCUGCUUGCAGUUGACGUCGAGGAUGCCUCAGGUGUCAAACCCACAGCAUCUCAGGCUGCCAUUUUUCGUGCGCACUACACCGAAAAUCCACAAACCUCACGAAAUUUCUAGUGCUGCUUGAUCACCACACUUUGCACAGCGACACGCCUACAAUUCAAAAUGUCGCACCGCAAGUUCGAGGCUCCACGCCAUGGCUCGCUCGCCUUCUUGCCUAGGAAGCGAGCUGCCAGACAUCGAGGAAAGGUCAAGAGCUUCCCCAAGGAUGAUAAGAAGAAGCCUCCUCACCUCACAGCUGCUAUGGGUUACAAGGCUGGAAUGACCACCAUUGUGCGUGACCUCGACCGACCAGGCGCCAAGCUGCACAAGAAGGAGAUUGUUGAGGCUGUGACUGUCGUUGACACUCCACCAAUGAUUGUUGUCGGCCUUGUUGGCUACAUCGAGACUCCUCGUGGCCUGCGAUCGCUGACUACUGUCUGGGCUGAGCACCUGAGCGAUGAGCUCAAGCGUCGCUUCUACAAGAACUGGUACAAGAGCAAGAAGAAGGCCUUCACCCGCUACGCCAAGAAGCAUGCCGAGAGCAAGGGUACAUCGAUCACCCGUGAACUCGAACGCAUCAAGAAGUACUGCACUGUCGUCCGUGUUCUUGCCCACACUCAAAUUAGCAAGACUCCUUUGAAGCAGAAGAAGGCACACCUUAUGGAGAUCCAGGUCAACGGCGGUGAAGUUCCGGCUAAGGUUGACUUCGCCUACGGCCUUUUCGAGAAGCCAGUCGAGAUUGGCUCGAUCUUCGAACAGGAUGAGAUGAUUGAUGUCAUCGCCGUCACCAAGGGCCACGGUUUCAAUGGUGUCACUGCUCGUUGGGGCACCAAGAAGCUGCCUCGCAAGACGCACAAGGGUCUCCGCAAGGUCGCUUGUAUCGGUGCAUGGCAUCCGUCCCACGUCCAGUGGACCGUCGCUCGUGCUGGUCAAAUGGGCUACCACCACCGUACCUCGGUCAACCACAAGAUCUACCGCAUUGGCAAGGGCGAUGACGAGGGCAAUGCCUCGACCGAGUUUGAUGUGUCCAAGAAGACAAUUACACCCAUGGGUGGCUUCGUGCGAUAUGGUGAAGUCAAGAACGACUUCCUCCUGAUCAAGGGCUCAGUACCGGGCGUUAAGAAGCGGGUCUUGACUUUGCGUAAGUCGAUGUUCACACACACCAAGAGAAGCGCCCUGGAGAAGAUCGAACUCAAGUGGAUCGACACAUCGUCCAAGUUCGGUCAUGGUGCAUACCAAACCCCGGCAGAGAAGAAGCAGUUCAUGGGCACACUCAAGAAGGACUUGGUUGCAGCAUAGACAAGGGAAAGCACUCUUCUUCGUCUUUUCUUACGUGGGAAAAUGUGAUUCGCAAGAUGGGAAUAUCCGGGGUCGUCUUCUUUGCAUGGCGUUUAUCAUCCUCAUCAUCACCCAAUGCUCGAGAUAGGGGCAGCAUAGCGAGAGUCACAAAACUGACAUGCAGCUGGCUAUGUGCUUGAUGCUGAACAUGUAAAUCCAAUCGUACGCUCUGUCUACGUCUCUCCACA